CGUCACCUCUUAUCUCACCAAUUGGUUCGACAUCUAUCGAUGGUAAUUUAUCCUGGAAUACUGGUCUAAUUUACGCACAAGCACAAAAUCAUGCUCGAAAAUUAGCAGAAACACCAGCCAAUCUUAUGACACCAACUAUAUUUGCCGAAACUGUUGAAUCUUUCUUAAAGGAUUUACCAAACGUAAAAAUUUUUGUUCAUGAAAAAGAAUGGGCAGUCCAAAAGAACAUGGGAUCUUUUCUAUCAGUAGCUAAAGGUUCUGUUGAACCAUUAAAGUUUUUGGAAAUUCACUAUAAUGGUGGUGAAGAUAGUCAAACACCUUUAGCGUUUGUAGGAAAAGGAAUUACUUUUGAUAGUGGUGGUAUUUCUAUCAAGCCAUCAGCUAAAAUGGCGGAGAUGAAAGGAGAUAUGGGUGGUGCGGCAGCUGUAUCGUCUGCUAUCUAUGGUAUAGCUAAACUUGGUUUACCGAUAAAUGUUGUUGUCUCUGUUCCAUUGUGCGAAAAUAUGCCAUCAGGAAUUGCAACGAAACCCGGUGAUGUUGUUAAGGCCAUGAACGGCAAGUCAAUUGAGGUUGACAAUACAGAUGCUGAAGGACGUCUUAUUUUAGCGGAUGCGCUCUAUUAUACAAGCACCACUUACAAACCACACAGUUUGAUAGACGUUGCUACCUUAACAGGAGCUAUGGUAGUUGCUCUCGGAGAAAUUUAUUCAGGCGUGUUUACCAAUUCGAAUAAACUUUGGGAACAAUUAUUAGAAGCGGGAAAAAUUGCAAAUGACCCUUUUUGGCGUAUGCCACUAGAUGAUAAAUAUAGCGAGUACAUUAAGAAGUCAAUUGUAGCAGAUCUUGUGAAUGUUGGGCCAAAGGGUUCAGGAG